AUGGACAAGUUUUGUUUUCCUUCAUCGCGCUUCUCCUGCACUUGCUUCUUAUCCUCUUCAACUUCUCAGGAAGAAGCCAUUGCUGGUCUGGAGAGUUUUCUAGAGAAAAUGAAAGAUAUAGACGAGCUUCACGAUCUGAUUCGUUUUAUCGAAGAGUUAGUGAUGACAACAUCGGGAGAGAAGAAUGAAGAAGGAUUUAGUUCAGCCCUAAGUUCUUAUACUCAGGAUGGCCAACUGUUCCUCGAGUUUGUGGAUAAACACAUUGGCAAACUUCCUCAGAAGAAAAAUUUCAUAGAUGGCUUGAGUGCAGAGACAGGGAAAAUUCUCAUUAAUAUGCUGAAAGGCGCUGGGAAAAUUCAUUGGGUUGGGGCAGCACUUUCUGUAGUGGGAUUUGUAUUGGCGAGAUAUGGUGAGAUGUCUAACAACCAAAGAGAGUGUCUUGAAAUUUUGAAAGCUAUGGUUAAUCUUGGGAAGCAAAUUGUAGAGUUGAAUGAGCAAAUGUCAGAGCAGAAGCAGAAAUUAAACGAGGCAGUGGAGUGUAUCGUUGUGGGAUGCAUUAUCUGCACCUCCCAACUUACAACUACCAAAUUUUUCAGGUUCCUUACUGCGUCAGUCAAUGCUAAUACUUUAAAGGAUUUUCAACUCAAAAUAGAGCGCUUGUACAACGAUCUCCAAUUAUGGGGUAUAAUUGACAUACAGACAAGACUGCCAAAGAUUGCUCCGCAGUCACAGGAGCUCUAUGCAAACCAAGGGGCAGUUGGAAUCGAAAGCGCACGAGAUGAAGUAAUCAGACUCUUAGAUUCGACUGAAAAACAUGCAUCAGCACGUGUUGUGGUUGUCCAUGGUUUCGGAGGGAUUGGAAAAACAACUCUAGCCGAUGCUGUUUAUGCACAUAUUGACCUCCGAAGUUAUAAGCAUUGUCGAAUUCAUAUGGAUCAAAACUGUACCAAGAAGGAUCUCAAAGUCCUCCAAGAACAGAUUUUGAAUGAAUUGUUCCACAAGAAUGUGAAAUUGUAUAACUGUGACCAAGGUCGGGGAAUGAUUCGGUCACUUUCCAUACAUAAUUCAAAUCAGCCAUUAUUUCUGUACAUCGACAAUGGUCUUAAAAGUACAGAUCUGGAAAAACUUCUACCUGCAGAUUUGGGGGGUUGGCUUCCAGUGAAGAGUAGAAUACUUGUCACUACUCGAAAUCUUCACGAGACUAACACAUUUGUCAGCAAGAAUAUUGAACGGCAACAAUAUGCUGUCAGUCCUCUUCCAGAGAGAGAAGGCAGAGAAAUUCUGUUGAAGAAAGUCUCAGACUACAAUGAUGAGAAGAAUAUACAUGACCUCCUCAGGCUGUGUGGUGGGGUUCCGCUUCUGCUAGAAUUAGCUGGUUCGCAACUGGCUAUAAAUAGUACAAGUAGAAAUAAUAUAGUAUUAGAUAUGCUUAGGCAAGGAGAGAAGGUGGAAGAGAAAGAUAUUAGUGACCGUAUGGUCGCUUUUGUAUACCAUAGAUUACCACCACCUGUUCAAGAGGCUUUUCUAGACAUCACAUCCUUCUUUUCAAGAGGAGAAUAUAUUAUUAAAUAUGUGGUACACAGUAUUGGAGAAGUGGAAUUCAGAGCUCUAGAAGAGGCAUCAUUCGUCAAGAUAUCUGGUAGUAGUGUGGUUGUUCAUGACAUAGUUCGAGCAAGAGGGAAAAAGAUGUCAGAGGGAAACAGAAUCACAGACCCUGAGGCAUUAUCAGAAUGUUUGAAAGAAGAGAAUCUCAAAAAUUUAAAAGGUAUCUAUUUUAAGGAACCAUUUGAGCAGCCUCCAAUAGAAAUUAAUGAAAAUCAUUUGAAGUGUAUGAGUAUUUCAUUAAGAGUGCUACAUUAUGCGGAAGCGUCGCAAAUAACAUUUAAGGGGAAAUGUGAUAAACCAUUUAAACAGCUCAGAUGUCUCUCUCUUCCGCGUGACAUUUCCGAUUUACCAAUGGAGUUUGAGAAACUGGAGCAUCUUCUCUCCUAUGAUGGCCCAUUGACUCAAGAAAUGAGUUUGUACAAGCUUCCUCCAAGUCUACGUUGGAUGAGCAUUACAAAUAUAAUUUCCUCCGAAAAUAGAGUUGCAUAUUCUAACAUUCUUCCCGGGGUUGCUCAAGGUUCUUCGCUUGUAAGCUUGAGCUUUUGGCCUAAUCCAACUAUGGAAAGAUUACCAGAUGGAAUCGAAAAUCUAACAAAGUUGGAGGAAUUAGAUGUACGCUGUUGCUCUAAGUUGAAAAAACUUCCUUCUAAAAUUGGGGAACUCAGCAAUUUGGAAAUAUUAAAUUUGAGUGGCUGUUCUGGCUUGGAAGAAUGGCCAUCAAGUUUAGGAGCUCUCCCAAAAUUGAAAACAUUAGAUUUGAGAAGCUGUUCUUCAAAAUUAAAAGAAUCGUUGUCACACAAUAUUAAAGAUAAUUGUAAUUUUAUUGAAUAA